CGCAAAGGAGAAGGAGUAGUUGGUUUUGACAUAAAAAAAAAAAAAAAAAGAGGAUUUCUGACCUCUUCGCCGCUGCAAUUCCAAUCUCCGCCUCCCACCGCCGAAUCCUUUCUCCUCCAUCCCGGCGUGCGCUAUAUAUCCCUUCAAUCCGUCCUGUCGAUGCCAUGGCGACCGAGAGCAGCGAACAACUCCUCGGCGGUUCCAGAAAACGGGAACGAAUCGAUUUAGAGGCAAAUCCUCUGAUCCGAAAGCUCGGGGACGAUCUCCUCGUAGAGAUUCUGAUUCGCCUCCCCGACGCUAGAUCCGCCUUCCGCUGCAAACCCGUCUGCCAGCUGUGGUUCUCCGUCAUGUCCGAUGCCUCCUUCAACCGCCGCUUCGUUUCUCACCGCCAGAUGAUGACCUCCGACGAUCUCAAAUCCAUGGUACUCUGCUUUCUCCCUCCCCACUUUCAUCAUUGUUAUGGAGUUAAAGACCGAGGCGCUCUCCAAGUUUUGGAUUGCGACAAGGACCUGGUUUUAUGCGGGUUUCGGGAUACAGAUUUCAAGGACAGGGCACAGACCAGAUCGUACCUGGUCUGCAAUCCGUUUACGAAGCAGUGUUAUGAUCUCCCCCCAGCGCCCAGGAAGUUGAUAAGGUAUGUAGCUCCGGUCACAAAGCUAGUUUGUGAGCCGCAAACAUCCCGGAAUAGGUUCCGAGUGGUGUGUAUAUAUCAAGCUCUCCAGGAUUCUAUCAGACUAGACGUGUUUUGUUCCGAGUCUGGAGAAUGGACCAAGGAUGCUCUUGUCUGCGAUGGUCAUGUCAGGUGGACUAUAAAACCUAUAGUUUCGUGCAAGGGGGAGUUGUUUUGGAUUUAUCGAAAAAACCCUGACACGGUUACUCUAUUGGUUGAUGCGUUCAAUCCCUUCCGGCUUGAUGAUACGCCUCACACCUCCAUUGAUGUUUCUGAGUUUGUUGUGAAACCGGGCUGGUUUCUUGCACUUGCAGUCUCUCAGGACGCGUUGCACUUUAUAGCGCGGGAAGACGAGGCUCCACCUUCUCGCUCGAGCGUCUGGAGGCUGGAAGAAGACCGUAAAUCUUGGAGAAAACAAUGCGAGGGAUUGCUGUACAGUACAUCAAAGUGUGGUAGCUAUGAAUUGAAGAAGGGCUAUAACGAGCCCUUUCUGCAUCCACAGAAGCCGGAAAUUGUCUUCUUUAGUGGGGCUGGAAGAGGUGAAGCCAAGGGUUUCUUGUUGGGAUGCUCCAAUUCCGAAUUUGGAGAAGUUGCGAGCCAUGCACAAGAGCAGUGAUCCAAUUCCAAGGUACAGAGAAGUUGCUGCAAGUAAUGGUGUCUUGUUGGGCUGCUCCAGUUCCAAGGUAAAGGUACGAUAUACCAGAAAAAAGAAGACAUCCAAGGUGCGAGAAAUUGCAAGGCAGCAUGAACAAUUGGAUUAGUGAAUCACUUGUUACAAAUUGAAAAAGAAACUAUUUUUUCUGUCAUAUGUAUUUAUUUAUGUUAAAGUAACUAUUUUUAUUUUUAGAUGCUACUUUGAGUGGUUUUGGUGAUUGUUUGGUUGAGAUAGUUACAAGGAAUGCGUUAGGGUGAUUCCUCAAAAUUGAGUAAUCACCGUGGCUACUAAAAUCUACACUCUUUAUUAUCUUUAUUUCAUCCUAAUUUUAAUUUGACG